CGCUGUCUAUCGGAAGCAUGCCUGGAGGCCGCAAUGGCGGGCGGCAGUCCGCGUCUUCUUCCUCGUCUUCGCGCCACGCACCGCCGCCGCUGCCCUUCGACCGCAGUCUAAAUGAACCUAUUCGUGUCUAUCCCCCCGAGCUUGGUCGUAGCUCCCCACUUGCCGCGCUGCAGUCGCUACAAAACAAGAACGUGGCAGUCGUUGGAUUUCUUAGCACCAGUUCAUCGUCUUCCUCGCACACUUUCGCCUUUGCCAACCGUGUCAUCGGGCGCAACGUGUUUCGAGAUGACGAAAUGCAAAACGCGACGACAGUGAAGGAUGUCAGACUGCCAGCAAGUGUUCACCUCUACUACGACGACGUGGCAAGAUGCAUCUAUCUACUGGGUUUGGUACGGCCUGACAGUGUGUGCUACAGUCCACAAGCAACCAAAAUGGGGACGCCAAAUAGCAGUAACAGGAACAAACCGUCGGCUCGAAGACAAUCGACGACUGGAGACGAAGUUGAUGAGCAGUCGCCACUAAAUGAGACGCAACGGAUUCGCAACGAGAUGGAUACGUUUGAGCGUGAAAAGCUUAAGAUGCAAGUGCUGCUCUACUCCAGCUGCAAUAUGCUAAUAGUGAUGAAGGAAGAUGCACGAGUCACAACGAACGUACUGAAAGAGGUUCGUACAAUGGCUAUGGAGAAGGCUCAGCUGCAGAGUUUUGUACCGACGUCGACCAAGCAUUCCAAGCGCGAUAGCAACCACUCGAAGAGCUCGUCGUCUUCGAGUGGAGGUGGGAAUGCUUUUGCUCCUGGUCGCUGUGUCCCGUUAGUGGUGUAUGUUGUUCCAGCACCCGACGAGAUCUUGCAUGUUUCGAUGAAGACGCAGGGAUCUGGACCCUUACGCUCAGCAACAGUAACAUACUGCAAGUCGCUAGAGACGCGCUUAACGACUCUGUUCCGAUCUUUGCGUGCUAGUACCGUUGGGUCCUGCCGCAUGCGUGACGCGCUUAGUGCAGCGAAUCUAAGCAAGGAACGGCGGGUGUUCAACUUGGAUCCUUCACACAGCGUAGUCGUGGUUUCUAGACGUACUGCCACAACUGAUGGACGACCAGAGGCGCUGUUGGAGAAUCUUCUGGACGCAUUGGACUCGGAUAUCAGCGCAGACGACGUCUUGAACGAUACCUCACUGUUGCAACCGCUGGCAGAUGACGACAUGGGACUUCCGCGUCUGAAUCAGUACGUGCAAAAGUAUAUCGAUCUACUCUUCUCAUUCUCUCCAAGUGGCAGCAAGGAAGGUGGGCGGACUGAACUGCUGAGUCCGCCACAAUGGCUAAAGGCCUUCCACGCGUUGAUCAAGAGCUACAGCCGGCUGGAAUUCAAGAGGAGACAAGAGACAACUGCACUCGAAACUUUGGACAAUGACAUCACGUCGGAUUACCUUGCUCCGGCGUCGCUAGCGACGUACCACUUCGAUCCGAUGGAGCCGACACGGUAGAUCGCCAUGAUUUCGUCAGAUGGCUACACUUGUUGACAAAUACGGAUCAUUGACCUGUUAUAAUGAAUAUACUAUGAUGAAUGGAGGGUUUAAUGGGUAGGACAAAAACCUACAAAACAGGUCACAAAAGUUACACG